GUGUACGAGCAACAUGGGCCUACUUACGAUUUUUUUAACCUUGACCUGAAUAAUUACCAGUCCGGAUAUGGCAGUCGACGUCACACCCGGGCUUCCCGCGAGCCAGCCAGACCGCUGAUGGCAAAUGCUCAGUCAUCCCGACAACAAGAACCAUGGCCGGGCCCACCGGGUAUCACAAAUCGCCCACCUCAUGAUGAAUAGACUCGCUGUAUUUAAGUGUGCGAGGAAAUUACCCUCUAUCGCUGGGAUAAAUCGACAAUCAGCUCGCUGCUUCGUUUCUUCAGCAAUAUAUCAGAAAUCCCCGUCUUCAGAACUACAGGGCUGCAGAAUGGUUAGCAACCCGCCUCCGAAUGAGAUGGUCCAUCUCCCGGGGAUCCUAUCCCCGAACCGCGAAUUCGGAGUCUUCCGCAAAGUUAUCCAUACUGGCCUCUACUCACAAUUCGUCGCGAUGGAGAUCCCUGUGAAUGGAGAUAUUGGCGACGAGAAACACUCUGUCGAUCAGAUCCUGCUCUUCACAAAUGGCGACGCCCGUGCGAUCGUAGGUGGAAAAGAGCAAGAUGUCAAGGCUGGGGAUGUUGUGAUUGUUCCGGCUGGAACGCAGCAUCAGUUCCUCAAUGUUGGCAGUGUCCCGCUAGAGGUCGUCACCAUUUAUUCGCCCGCUGAGCAUGAUCCGCGGACGGUGCAUCAGACCAAGGAAGAGGGCGAUGCACAGGAAGAGGCUGGUGAAGACGAAGCUCCUCAGUGGAGUCAGAGGAGCAAGGGAGAGAAUGAAAAGUUGGGAAUUGUAAAGCUGGACUGAACUUCCCAUCGACAAGUGUAUGUAUUUAAUUAGUGACAACCACAAUCCAAUCCAGUGAAGAAAAUAUGUGUGCAGAUAUAGUUCCGUCCGAUGGACUUUCAAGAGACUUUGCGAGACUGUACAGGUGAUUGAAAGAUUAUAUACAGGGAAGCAACUAGAUACAAUCCUCAAUAAGAACGGCGCUUCCGCUUCGAGCACCUUGGCUUGUUAGAAGCCCCAGUUGCAAAGGUCGACGGCACCAGCGAGUUGGCCCAGACCUCCAAGUAUGUAUACCCGCUAGCAUCUAGUUCCAUGGAGUCAUGCACAUUCGGGUCAGUUCCCAACUCCGCCUCGGCAUCAUCCGGGAUCCCAUCGCCGUCUGUGUCCGUCGGGGUUGUGCCUCCAUCGAGGUCACCAGGUCCGCCCAUCGAGUCCUCGUCCGAGAUGAGCGCGCCGUCAGUGCCGUACGAGAGGACUUCUUCGAUGAGUUGAGAGUCGACGCUGUCGCGGACUAGGGAGGCGCCGAC